AUGGCGACCGCGGUCUCGAAGCCAAGCUCUCAUCCUCCGAAGAUGAAGCGGCCGCCCCCGCCUUUCCCCCAGACUGGGGUGAACGGAGUCAAGGCUCAGCAAUCAUCAUCCUCUCCAACCGCCACCUCCCAACAUCCUCUCGGUAAUAUCUCAGCUGGAUCGAGCUCCAGUCUGGCCAAUGGCGUGGCCAAUUUGUCAAAUAAUUUCAGAGGCGCCUCAAACCGAAUCAAAACCCAGUCGCAACGGCCCAGCGACGGAGCUUCGCGACAGACCCGGCCAGUGACACGAAAUUCACUUGCCGGGAACGACCACCGGACUGCGAAGAUGAAUCCUGAGCCAUAUGUCAAAACAACAUCCUACAUCCUCAAGAAAUAUGCGAAAUGUCCCCCCUCUCUCAUUUUGCAUCUCCAUCCCACCCACUUUCGAUUCGAGCAACAAGACGGAAGCUUCCCAUACAAUUCGGAGAUGAAAGUAAUCAUUGAACACCUACGCGCCGGGACGGUUCCGCACGAGAUUCUCGAGGAGCUAUUGCGUGGGGGCGUGAGGUUUUAUGAAGGUUGCCUCAUCGUGCGCGUGGUGGACCAUAAGUCCCUGUCCGCACAAACGCAAAAGACUUCCGUUUCAACAAGCAAUGAGAACAACACACCCUUCUCUCUCCACAACUACAAUGAGCACGUCACCCCCUCGGCAUUCGUCCCUUACCCGAAGCAGAAUCAGCUCACCACCGAUGUACAAAGCAUCAAGGCACCGGAGACCCCAGCUCCUGGCCAAACCCAGACCGAGAAUCCAGCGAGUGGCGAGAGUGCCGAAGUUCAGAGCCAAGUCAAUGGAUCAGAGCAGAAGCCUGCUACACCGAAACCUCGCGUCUUCACUACUGUUCUUCACCCUACGCCGCGCGCAUUGCAGGCGGAAUUGACUCUCCUCGUGACCACCCCGGAUCCAAGAGCCGCUCUUGCACACCACUCUCGUACACAGUCCUCAUCAGUUAUUCCUCAAUCCCCUGCCACCACACAACCGGACCGGAGCCACCCCGCAAAGCGACAGAAGACGCUCGUAGAACCACAAGACCUUCCCCAAUGCGAGUCGCUUCUUGUGAAUUGUUUGGCUCCACCUCUCUAUCUCGAUCCCGUGGACAGCUUUGAAGAAGCGCAAGUCCUGCUGGAGUUCCUGAAGAGUCCGCUACACAGUAACCCGCCACCAUCGCCCAAGCGUCGCAAGAGAACUGUGGCCGAACUUGCUGCAGAUGAGGCCCUUGCAGCCGAAGAAGAGCGAUUCAUGCUCAUUAUGGAUGAGCGUCUUCAGCCUACCGCUUCGGGAGCCGCUGGUAGCUCCAAGACCGCUGCUGUGGAUGACACCGCCGGUGUAGCACCGUUCGAGCCUCGUUUCUCUCGCUUCAAAACCUUGGAGACGAUUCGGAUGCAGCACGAGGAAAAGGCGAAGCGUGAGCACGAGAUGAAGCUCAAACAAGAGCUUGCCAAGAGACAGCAGCAAGAACAGGAGAAAGAACGACGACGUGCCUUGGAACAGCAGCAGGCAGAACAGCAUGCCAAGGAAGAGGCGCGUAGACAGCAACUCGCAGCCCAGCAGGCGCAAGCUCAACUGGCGGCUCAAAACCGCCACGUUAUGGCCCAGCCGAAUGGUGUCACUCAAGGACAGCAGUCCUCUCCCAUUGUACGCCACCAGACCCCUCACAGCACUUCGUCGCCGCUUGUUGGUAACGCCAUCGCACACCAGGCCGUUCCAAUGAGUAUCAGCGCAUCCCAGCAAUCGGGAAGCCCUCCACGACCUCCAUCCUCUAUGCAGCAUGGUCAUCCAAACAUGAUGGGCCAUCCUAUGGCUCCUUCAAGAAGCCAACAAGGACCUAGCCGACAUGGAACUCCACAGAUGACUCAGGCUACUCCGGCAAUGUCACAAGCCACGCCUAUCAUGCGCAAUGUCACACCCACGCAGCGGAUGAACCAAGGCAGCCCUACCCACACCAUGGCUCAAACCCCGAUGAUGAACCAGCCUAUGGCCCAAACCCCGCAAAUGAAUGGUGCUGGUAUGGGUCUCACGCCGCAACAGCAAAUGUUGCUACAGCAGAGACAACAGCUGCUUGCUCAACAGGGUGGCCAAAUGGGUGGUGCGACCCAAUUCACUCCACAGCAGCUUGCUCAGUUGCAAGCCAAUGCGCACGCUGCUCAGAACAUCAAAUCGCAUCAACAACAGCAGAUGUUGCAAGCUCAGCAGGCCCAGCAAGCUCAGCAUCAACAGCAGCAGCAGCCUAAUAUGCAAAACAUUCCCCAGCACAGCCAGCAAGCAUAUCAGGCACAGCUCAUGCGUGCUCAAUUCGCACAGAUGCAGAUGGUGAAGCAGGCUGGAGGUCAGAUCCAGCAGGGUCAACCGAACCAACAGCAGCAGCAACAAUUACAUCAGGGCAGCCCCCAAAUGACAGCUCAGCAGCAGCAACAGCAGCAGAUGCUGAUGGCGGCCGCGCAGGCGAACGGGGGUCAGAUGCCAAAUAUCCAAGGUGCCAAUAUUGCUCAGCGAUACAACCGAAUUUACCAGCAACGUCUUCUCCAGCUACGACAUGAGAUGUCCCAGCGAUAUAUGACUCAAUAUGGACCACCUACCCAAUAUCCACCCCAGAUUGCUCAGCAAUACGGUGCUGGCUUGGAGAAGAACGCCAAGGCCUGGGUUCAAGACUUGAUGCGACGUGACCGCGAAGCCGCCCAGCAGCAGCGAGCGAGUGCCAUGCACGCCCAGCAGAUGCAGCAGCAGCAGCAGCAGCAGCAGCAGCAAAAUAUGAUGCACAAUGGAAUGGGGAAUUGA